CCAAAAAUACUCCACCCCUCUCGAAGACUUUCUACUAAAGAAAACCUUUUCCAUCUGGAUCGAUUGUUUUGACUCUUUAUUGAUUCUUUUCCAACAAAUCUCAGAUACCCCUUUUUAAAAUCACCACAACUUUCAAAUACUUAUACACAGUUACAAUCGAAAAUAUGGGUUGCACAGACGUUCUCAGCCGAAAGUCCGGUGUCAUCGUGGGAGAUGAUGUCCUCAAGCUUUUCAACUAUGCUCAAGAGCACAACUUUGCCAUUCCUGCUAUUGUAUGUGAUGCCAGCAAUGAAAGAUCAUCGUGAAGGAUAACAACUAAUGGUGACAGAACGUUACCUCUUCCUCAACCGUCGUAGCAUCCCUCGAGGCUGCUCGCGAUGCUAAAUCCCCAAUUAUCCUCCAAAUGUCCCAAGGUGGUGCCGCUUACUUCGCUGGAAAGGUUAGAAAACCUUCACUCAAUCAUACAUGCAAUAACUAAUUUCCGAAUAGGGUGUUGCCAACGGUAACCAAGAGGCAUCCAUCGCUGGUGGUAUCGCCGGUGCCCACUACAUCCGUGCUCUUGCUCCAGCAUACGGUAUCCCCGUUGUCCUCCACACCGAUCACUGCGCCAAGAAGCUUUUGCCAUGGUUGGACGGUCUUCUCGACGCCGAUGAGAAAUACUUCAAGGAGCACGGCGAGCCUUUGUUCUCUUCCCACAUGAUCGAUUUGAGUGAGGAGGAGGUUGACUACAACAUCAAGACUACUGCCGAAUACUUGAAGAGAGCUGCACCAAUGAAGCAAUGGCUCGAGAUGGUAGGUUAACAAGGAAUAUGAGAGGUCUGAGAGUGCUGAUUACUAAUUCAUUCCACAGGAGAUCGGUAUUACCGGUGGUGAAGAGGACGGUGUCGACAAUGAGGAUGUUGACAACAACUCCCUCUACACUCAACCAGAGGAUAUCCUUGCCAUCUACCAAGCUCUUUCCCCAAUCUCACCAUACUUCUCGAUUGCCGCUGGUUUCGGUAACGUUCACGGUGUUUACAAGCCAGGUAACGUCAAGCUCCGCCCCGAGCUUCUCGGCAAGCACCAAGCCCAUGUCAAGCAAGCCAUUGGAGCAAAGGAAGACAAGCCAGUCUUCUUGGUCUUCCACGGUGGAUCUGGAUCUUCUAAGCAAGAAUUCUUGGACGCCAUCUCAUACGGUGUUGUCAAGGUCAACCUUGAUACCGAUAUGCAAUUCGCUUACCUCAGUGGUAUCCGAGACUACAUCCUUAAGAACAAGGAUUACCUCAUGACCCCAGUUGGUAACCCAGAUGGGCCAGAUAAGCCAAAUAAGAAGAAGUUCGAGUAAGUGUUUCCUGAAUCCUUGACAACAGUAUAUACUAAUACUAUGGCAGUCCCCGUGUCUGGGUUCGUGAGGGAGAGAAAACCAUGUCCCAACGUCUCGCCGAGGGUCUCAAGGAUUUCAACACUGCAGGACAGCUAUAAAUUUAUUAUGAUGACUAGCGAAGAUUCAAAUUGCGUUUAAAAGAUUUACACGGUUUAGGACAUUGUUAUGAAAUACAUAGCGAAAGUGUGGAGAAAUGGUGGUUGGGGCGGAGGAGUUUUGGUCAAACCUAUAAAUGCAAAGAAUAACUCGUGAGGAAACUUCCUGUUAUAAUUGACACGAUUUGAAUGAAUGAAUGCACGUUAAGUUUGAAUUUGAUCCGAGUACUUGGGAUGACAUGAAAGGAUUUUACGAUUUCGGAAGGAGAACAAACCGGGCGAAACUUUCACCCUAAUUAAGCGCUUUUAUCAGGUUCGAAUGUUUUAUUAGCCUCCAACUAUCCAUUUGGCCGUUCGGACUCCCCUGAAUCAAGGUCAAU